AUGGUCAGAAGAGGUCAUCACUUUGUUCUCCUCCUCCUACUCUUGGCCCUGGCUUUCGCCCCGAACCCGGUCGAACCGCUAACCGGAGUCACCGACGUCCAAGCCCUCCGAGCCCUCAAGGAAUCGGUCGACCCGGUAACCAUCACCCCGACAUCAUUCCUCUACAGCUGGGACUUCAACGUCGACCCCUGCGACAGCUCCGGCUCGUUUCUCGGCGUCCUCUGCUCCUUCCCGCUCGACAAUUCGAGCAGCCGGGUGAUCGCGAUCGGCCUCGACGAUGCAGGGUACGACGGGUUCCUGAGCCCGCUGAUCGGGAACCUGACGGAGCUCGUCACCAUCGACCUGACGAGGAACAAAUUCCGCGGGCCGCUGCCGGAGAGCAUCGUCAACCUCCGGCAGCUCACGAAGCUCCUAAUUUCGGAGAAUCUCUUCACCGGGCAGAUCCCCGACGGCAUCACGAAGCUCAAGUUACUUCAGGAAGCUGAUCUCUCGUACAACCAUUUUUCCGGCAAUGUCCCGGCGAAAAUCGCCGUGCUGAGGAGCUUGAACCGGCUGAUUCUCUCCAACAAUGCGCUCUCCGGCAGGCUCCCCGACAUGUCCGGGCUGUGGCAGCUCAGCGCGCUCGACGUCAGCUCGAACAAUCUGUACGGGAACAUCCCCAGGCUGCCGUUGAACCUGAAGACCCUGCUGAUGAGCCACAAUGUGUUCUCCGGCCACAUCUCGCCGGUCAAGCACUUGCAGAAGCUUCUGGUGCUUGACGUCAGCGACAACAGGAUGUCGGGCCGGGUCCUCAGGCAGGUCCUGACCCUGUCGUCGCUGGUCCGGCUCAAUGUCUCGAGAAACCAUUUCACGGCGAUGGAUCCGAUCGAUUUCCCCGGGAUCGAGACGCAUUUGCAGUCGCUGGAUGCUAACGACAACCAGCUCCGCGGCCAUUUGCCAGGGUCUUUGGCCGGCCUCGAGAACCUGACAUCGCUCGAUCUGUCGCAUAAUUACCUGUCGGGUUCGAUUCCGAUGGAGUACGGGGCCAAAUUGGGGCGGCCGUGGAAGUAUCUGUACUUGAAUGAUAACUUUCUGCAGGGGAACCUGCCGCCGCAGUUGGCUGCCGGCGGGGAGGACGGGAUUAGAGGGAGCCUGGCGAACAACUGCUUAAGAUGCUCGACCACCGUUCGACUCUGUCGCGGUGGCCAGCGGCCGCAUGCUGUUUGCGCCGCGCAGAGGCGGCGCUGGUGA